AUGAUUGUGAAGGUGUUGAUGUUGUUGUUGGGUCUUCAAUUCACCUCCGUGGAUUCAUGCGCUGCUCGACCAGAAGGAACAUGUGAAGUUGGGUGGAUGAAAUUCAGUCGAAAGUAUGUUGAGUGGUGUGUCAAAUUUGUCUAUGAAAAAAACAUAAACAAAACAAGGGCUGAAAGUAUCUGUGAUGGUUUCGGAGCUGAGUUAUCAUCGAUUGAAGAUACGGACAUGAGGUAUGAGUUUAAAUCGGCAAUGUCGGAUUCUGGAAUAACCGGACGGGGUGCUUGGGUUGGAAUAGCUGAAUGCAAUUGUGGAGCGGCCAUCUGCUUGAAGUUAUCUGGAUGUGGUAGUGGAAGCUACUAUUGGACCGAUGCAUAUUCUUACCCAAAUGAUUUGCUAGAUACUAAAUGGUUCAGUGGACUCAGCGCAUAUGUACCUGAUUCAGGAGUGCUUAUGGCUGAGGGUGGUGAGUAGAAAAGACUGGAUAACGUUUCCAAGUUUUGAUUACUAAAGGAGACCACACGGUGAUCCCAUUUAGUAAUUAUCUUCUUUAAGGGGGGUUAGACGACAAAAAAAUUUGUCGCAAAGUUAAAGGCAAAAAAAAAAUCAUAUUUUUAGAUAUCUGGGCGGUUUGGAGAAAUAACACAGAAAAAGCAGAUGGUGUGUUCUGUGGGAAAGAAGCGACUUAUUAAAACUUGUGCAUUCUGUUGCUUGAUAAACUUGUUGUUUGCAUUUUUGUUCGUAUUAAGUGCAAUAUAAAAAAAAAUAUUUUUAACACACAAACCGGAAAAAUAUUCUUUCAAAAUUCGAUUCUUUGACCGUAGAACAAGAAAAACAAACAAUUACGAAAUUCACGGCAUUUUAUUAUGAAUAAAACCAAAUUGUACCACUUUAAUUAGAAAAAAUGUAAUAAAAAUAUUUGUAUAAAAGCCAAAUGAAAACUAACACAAUACAUCACACCAGAGAUGGUUAGAAAAUUCUUGAUAUUCUUGUUGUGCUUGCACUUUCCAUCGUAUGUGGAAUCUUGUGGAGGUCAAUCUUGUGAAGAUGGCUGGACAUAUUACAAAAGAAAUACAACUGGAUGGUGUAUGAAAGUCGUGGCUCAACAAAAUAUCAACAAAGCCGAGGCCAAGAAGGUUUGCAGUGAUUUGGGAGCUGUGAUUUCAUCAAUUGAUGAUUCGGCAAUGAACGACAGGCUGUUGAAUUUGAAAAGUAUUACGGGUGCCACAAAAAUUUGGCUUGGUGCAGAUAUGAAAUCUGAAUGCCUAUGUGGAGAGGAACUCUGUCUCACUACACCCGAUUGUCCGAAUGGAUAUUAUUGGAGUGAUGGCUACACGACUUCCAAUGACUACAUCUCUAAUAAUCUGAUUAUGUUUUCAUUAGACAUUAAUAUCAAUAAUGUGUAUGUAAUGAAGUAUUAUCCAUCUGAUGGACUUAUUAUGAAUUCGAUUCCGGGUAAGUGAAAAAAAAUGAAAUUAACAAAAUCACGAACACUUUUAGAACUCGAAAAUGUUCAAUCGACUGGCUCCUAUGACUCCGUUAUUUGUGGAAAAAUUUCUAAUUUUUAA